GGCCCUGAGCCCGCACCGCCACCGCCACCGCCACCGGCACCGCCGGCCGCGGACGCGGGGAAGGGCGGACGGACGCAGGGAGGGUGGGAGGCAGGGAGGCGAGGCGGCCUCCCGGGUGUCCGGCACCAUGAGCAUCGAGAUCCCGCCGGGCCUCACCGAGCUGCUGCAGGGCUACACGGUGGAGGUGCUGCGGCACCGGCCGUCCGACCUGCUGGGCUUCGCCGCCGAGUACUUCGCCCGCCUGCGGGAUGCCCGCGACCAGGAGGCGGGCGGUGGCCGCAGGGUGGUCAGCUUCGACGGGGAGCCCAUGCAGACGGAGUCCAACGGCGACGAGGAGCCCGACCGCGGCGACGACGAGUCCGACUCCGACUUCGAGCCUCCAGUUGUUAACCGAUACAACAGAAGAGUAUCAGUUUGUGCUGAAGCUUUCAAUCCAGAUGAAGAGGAAGAAGAUACAGAACAAAGGGUAGUUCAUCCAAAAACUGAUGAACAGCGAUGCAGACUGCAGGAAGCAUGUAAAGAUAUCCUGCUCUUCAAAAACCUAGAUCAGGAGCAGCUGUCUCAGGUCCUUGAUGCCAUGUUUGAGAGGAAGGUGAAACCUCAGGAACAUGUGAUUGACCAAGGGGAUGAUGGAGAUAACUUCUAUGUCGUUGAGCGAGGGUUGUAUGACAUUGUUGUAGCAAAAGACAACCAGUCUCGUUGUGUGGGCCGCUACGAUAACCACGGCAGUUUUGGGGAGCUGGCACUGAUGUACAACACUCCCAGAGCUGCCACCAUUGUUGCCACAACAGAAGGAGCCCUUUGGGGACUGGAUCGAGUGACGUUCAGGAGAAUUAUACUGAAAAACAACGCAAAGAAGAGGAAGACUUAUGAAUUAUUUAUUGAGUCUGUGCCCCUUCUUAAAUCCUUGGAGGCAUCAGAGCGAAUGAAGAUAGUGGAUGUUAUAGGAGAGAAGGUGUACCAAGAUGGGGAACGUAUCAUUUCUCAGGGUGACAAAGCAGACUGUUUUUACAUUGUAGAAUCUGGAGAAGUAAAAAUCUUGAUAAAAAGCAAGACCAUGACGAGUAAAGAAGCCAAUCAAGAGGUGGAGAUUGCCCGGUGUCACAGAGGGCAGUACUUUGGAGAGCUUGCACUUGUUACCAACAAACCCAGAGCAGCCUCUGCCUAUGCUGUUGGGGAGGUCAAAUGUUUAGUCAUGGAUGUGCAAGCGUUUGAGAGGUUGCUUGGACCCUGCAUGGACAUUAUGAAGAGGAAUAUUACACAUUAUGAGGAGCAACUGGUGGCAAUGUUUGGCUCUAGCAUGGACCUGAUGGAUCCAGGGAAUUAGGCACAGGGUACCUCAAUGCCUUCUUAGUUCAAGACACAGAAAAGCCUCCUAUCAGCAACACAACUCACAAGGACAACGGACACUACGGAACAGUUACUGCUGCUGUUUUCUUGGGCAUUUUAGAAACCAUAAACAAGUCUCAGCACAGAUGGAUUGCUCACUCCUCCCUGCCUCCACUUUGCUGCUGAUACUUCAUUAUUAGACCUAGAUUAAAGAUGAUUCUAACCCUAUGUUCACUUACUUGGUUCAGAAUGGCGUCUGUCCAACAGUUCAAGUGCCUGAUACGAAACCCAAAGUGUGCAAGACAUAGGAGCCUCCUUCCUUCUGGGUCUCACUGUUGGGGUAAAUUGUCCCUUCACAUUCUCUAGUGGGAGGUUGCCUGUUCUGCAGAGGCAGCCUGUGGAAUACAAGCCUUUUAUGGGCUGAUUACCUUCAUCUGAUGCUUUCCUUACACAAUGUCAAAUUUGCUUUUGAUUGUAGCAUCUGGGUUUGAAGUUAAAGUAUCAAUGGAGCCAAUGAAUAAGAUGGCACUGAAGUUUUGGUCCACCUGCUGAAAGCAGCAGGUAAUAAAUACAGAGAACUCUUUAAACCAAGUAAAUUGAGCUGGGGACAUGGGAGAGUCUGCUUAGCAACCAGAUGCAGAAAACUUAUUUUAAGUGUUUUCUGAGCAGCAAAGAAAAUUGGUUUACUCUGUGCUGUCCAACAAAGUGCAGUGGUUCAGAUCAGAUGGCCUGAAAGUGUCAUAAUUGUCAUCUCCCCAAAUUUGCUCCUUGUUCCUGACACUGAGUACAUUUUAUGGUGGUGAGAUAACAAUAUAUGACCUUCUCUUGCUUACAGAGAUCCUUUAUACUGCUACAUUUCCCAGGGUGCAGUUGUUGACUGGGUCAGUUUUAAAGCUUUUUAAGGAGGUGAAUGUUUUGUAAUUUAAAUGAAGACUACUUCUGUACUUGUUUACAGGAGCUUCCCCUAGUCCUAACAUUUCACAGUAUUUUAACUUCAUUAGACACUUGAAUGCUUCCAAAUACCACGUUGAUUUGCUAAACUUUUCAAAAGUUGGCAACAUUUGACUUUGUAAAGCAAAUGUCUUUGCUAACUACGCAGUUGGUGUGUUUGAGGAGUCUUUUUGGUUUAGGUGAUAACUAAGCUAAUGAUGUUUAUCUAAAAUACCUGUUAAAUUUGCAGCAUUUAUUAGGUAGAUUCUGUUUCUAUAGCUUUAAGGACCUUAAUUGGCAUAUGGCUGAGAUUUUAUCAGGGUAUUAUCUAAAUAAGAAUCAGACCAUGAGAAGGAUGUUUUUAUGGUGUUCAAACAGACUAUAUAUAUUAAGACAUUGAAUUUGGAGGUAAUAAAUCUAGUGACCCUUUGAGUUUGCAUUCUUCCACAGCUCAUGCAAAGCAUAUUGGUGUUUUAUGGGGUUAUAAAUUUUUAAUAGUGAAUACUAGUGUAACAGAACUUGCUCUUUUUAUUCAUGGCCAUGUAAGCAAGAAUGGAAGGAUGCUAAUCUUGAAUUCCUGCUUUUAGUUAUCACAGUGGACAUUUCUCUAAGGCAUGAGAUGCUUAGCAGCAACUCUGAGAUGAUUUCUGGACAGUUUUUUCCCUACAGUGGAUGAGCUCCUCCCAUUUCCUGCAAUAUGAGUAAGAUGGAAAGUUGAUAAAUUUGAAUGACUGUUGUCCAGUUACUGUAAUUGCAGUCAUAUUUUUAUAUAAUGCAAAUGAUUUGUAAUGGACACCACUGAAUUUGGUGUUUCCAUAUUAUUAAAGUUCUGGUCGUGAUGUCUAGUGGCUGUUCUAACUGCAUGUAUUUUAGAACAGUGAAUUUCACUUGCUUUCCUGGGCUGUUUUUUGUCAUAAGUUACAGCCAAAGAAGCAGCAGGUACUCUUCACUCAUGCUUCCAAGGUUUAACACCAAAGACAAAAAUAAUUAUUUUCAUCACAGAAUUUAAAAAAUCGAACAAAACCCAAACCAAACCAA